AUCCUGCGUAAUAUCAAAUGACUUUUGCACAACAAUUUUAUGGAACCCAGGAAAGGAUAAAGGCUAUUCAAUGACUUGUAAACGUGGGAAAAUAUACAGAAAAAACUUUUAUGAUAUAUGCUAUAUAAAUGUUGGUAUUUUUGAAUAUAUUUAAAAUGUGUGGAUAUAUAUCUGAGGUCUGCAUGAAGCCUUUUGAUGGCCCCCGGAUUUCAAUUGACAUGUGAUCCACUUGACUUGUUGGCCGGGGUUACUGUUUUCUGUUCGAGAUGGAGAGCUGGCUGUGAACAGAUAAAAAAAAUGGCUUCCUCCGUAUUAAUACAAGGACAACAUUAUAUUGAAUGUGAUGUUUGUAAAAGUCCUGUCAUUUUUACGUGCAAACGAUGCACCGUAAAUUUAUGCCAUGCAUGUGUAGAGUCUCACAUUCUUCUCAAAUCCAAAAAUGGACACAAUGUUACAAAAUACAACGAACAAAACAAACCCAAAGGUGGAGAAUGCCUGACCCAUCCCCAGCAACAGUGCAGCGCCUUCUGUAAGACGUGUGAUAUUCCUAUCUGUGUCAUAUGUGUCUCAAUCAAACAUGGCACUCAUGAUACAUGCGAAUUAUCCGAGAAAGUUGACUUAUUAUCCGAAUUCAUCGCGACAGAAAAUGAACGGCUGACGCUAAUGAGAUCCGAACUGGAGAAAAUUCUGGAACAGUUAGGUAAAAGGUCGGCAUCACUUCGACGUGUUUACAAGCAAACAAAAAGCAAGAUUUCAUUACAUGCCAAAAACUGGCAUAAGGAAAUUGAUAAAGCAGAGAAGGCAAUGUACAAGGACUUAGAUGAUUUGCAAGAAAAACAUGCAAAACUUUUACUAAUGCAGAAAAAGGAAUUUGACGAAAUAUUUAAGAAAUUGAAAAAUCUUGAAGAAACAGUCGACAGCUUGGCAAAAUCCAAAGACGUCUCUGGUUUAAUGGAAUUAAAUCAUGAACUUGAGAAUCAACAGAUUCCAUCCUUUAUAGAAGAAAUACGACCAGCAUUCUUCCAACCUUUGAAGUUUAAUGAAAGUUAUAACUUCGGUUACAUAGAGACACUAAAGACACACAAAGUGUCAAUUGGCGAUCUUAUACAACAAGAUCAAACCUCUUCAUCACAUCAAGCUCUUGAUGUACCUACAGUUCUGUCCUCUUUUGAUACAGAGUUUCCAGCUAGCAAAGAAAACAACGACCGGCUGUAUGACAUGGUUCCCCUCGGUGAUGACAGAAUGUGGGCAGGAGGAGCCAGUAUAGAGCUGAAGCUGUUUGAUCUCCAUGGACGUCUCCACGACACUGUCACCAUCAUGUGUUAUGGUAUGUACCUAACACUUCAUGACGGACACGUGGUGUACACCGAUAGAUAUGACAAUGCCGUGAAGAAGGUUAUUAACGGUAAAGUAGACACGUUGUUCAAUACUGGUGAGUGGAAUCCUUACGGUAUCAGCUGUACCGCGGCACGUGACUUCCUGGUCUGUCUCCGGAAAACAGAUCAAACGGAGUCCAAGGUCGUAAGAAAAAGCAGCUCUGGUGACGUGCUGCAGGAAAUCCAGUACGACUCCCAGUACCAGCCUCUGUUUGGAAAGACAAAUUACGUGGUGGAGAAUGGAAACGGCGACAUUUGUGUAGCUGAUAAAAGGGCCAUUACAGUCGUUGACAAGUUCGGUAUAUUCAAAUUCUCCUACGUUGGGAACAAAGCGUUCAAAAAGGACUUCAAACCAAGGUGCCUUACCACAGACAGCAUGCAUCACAUCAUCAUCACAAACUGUAAUGGUGACAAGAUCCACAUGCUGGACAGGGACGGCCGAUUCCUGAGGUACAUCAUUCCUGAUCAGGGGAUACAGAGACCCCGGGCCGUGUGUGUGGUUAGGGAGGGGGAGUUAAUGGUGGGGGAGUGUAUAACGGGAAUGAUCAAGAGAAUAAAGUACCUUCAAUAAGGAUGGGGUUCUAUGACAAUAUGUAUAUGUAUAUCAUGUGUGAUACUAGUUAUGUUCCCCAAACAAAGUUCGGGAACAUAUUGUUUUCAUUCUGUUUCUUAUUAUUAUUAAGGUCUUCCGUCUUCAGCAGAAGACCUUCUUGUUAUUUGUUUGUUUCUUUUCCACUGUUUUUAG